GAUUCAUUACCCCGCCACGACGUUCAGCUUUUCCCAACUCGAACCCGAAACACGACGACUCCUUUACGAACGCAAAGUGAUAGACUCACCUACCAUCUAAAAAGAUGUCAUUCCCAACCCGAUCACUCUCGACUCGACUCCCGGGCGCGGGGUCGCAAAACGCUUCCGCAGGCCCGUCGCCCAUGCUGGUUGCGCGCAUUGCAGAGAAGAAGGCAGAGCUGGAGCACCUGAAAGAUUUGCGCGAUCUCAGCGCUGCCGUUGCAGGUCAGAUGGAAGCACUUGAGCAGAAGCUGUCGACGCUUUCUGAUGGCACAGAAGGUCAGCAUGACCCAUCGAGGGAACCAUAAUGAGUGGCCAAGCUGACGGAUAAAAGCGAUUGCCAUGGUUAUCAGCAACUGGCAUAACGUGCUACGCGCUAUCAACAUGGCAUCCGCCCAACUUGCCAAGCCGCCUCC